UCCGCACACCCAAGAUGGCGGCGGUGGAGCUGGAGUGGGUGCCCGAGACGCUCUAUAACACGGCGAUCUCGGCCGUGGUGGAUAGUUACGGGCGGGCCCGGCGCCGGGACAUCCGCUCGCUGCCCGAGAACAUCCAAUUCGACGUCUACUACAAGCUUUACCAACAGGGCCGCUUGUGCCAGCUGGGUAGUGAAUUUUGUGAACUAGAAGUUUUUGCCAAGGUGCUACGAGCUUUAGAUAAAAGACAUCUGCUUCAUCAUUGUUUCCAGGCUUUGAUGGACCAUGGAGUAAAAGUUGCUUCUGUGCUGGCCUAUUCCUUCAGCAGACGGUGCUCCUACAUUGCAGAGUCAGAUGCUGCUGUGAAAGAAAAAGCAAUCCAGAUUGGGUUUGUUUUAGGAGGUUUCCUAUCAGAUGCAGGUUGGUACAGUGAUGCAGAGAAGGUAUUUCUUUCCUGCCUUCAGUUAUGCACCCUUCAUGAUGAAAUCCUUCACUGGUUUCGUGCUGUAGAAUGUUGUGUAAGGCUGCUGCAUGUUCGGAAUGGUAACUGUAAAUAUCACCUGGGAGAAGAGACUUUCAAGCUGGCUCAGUCUUACAUGGACAAACUGGCAAAACAUGGCCAGCAGGCAAACAAAGCGGCGCUCUACGGCGAGCUCUGUGCGCUGCUCUUUGCCAAGAGCCACUAUGAUGAGGCUUAUAAAUGGUGUAUAGAAGCUAUGAAGGAAAUCACAGUUGGCCUGCCUGUAAAAGUAGUAGUGGAUGUUUUACGACAAGCUUCAAAGGCUUGUGUCGUGAAACGGGAAUUCAAGAAGGCAGAGCAGCUGAUCAAACAUGCGGUGUACCUUGCCCGGGAGCAUUUUGGAGCCAAGCACCCCAAAUACUCUGACACGCUCCUGGACUAUGGAUUUUACUUGCUUAACGUAGACAAUAUCUGCCAAUCCGUUGCAAUCUAUCAGACAGCUCUUGAUAUCCGGCAGUCAGUAUUUGGAGGUAAAAACAUACAUGUAGCUACAGCUCAUGAAGACUUGGCUUAUUCUUCAUAUGUUCACCAGUACAGCUCUGGAAAAUUUGACAAUGCACUAUUCCACGCUGAGCGCGCUAUUGGCAUUAUCACUCACAUCCUGCCAGAAGAUCAUCUUCUCCUGGCAUCCUCAAAGAGAGUUAAAGCACUUAUCCUGGAGGAGAUUGCAAUAGACUGUCACAACAAGGAAACUGAGCAGAGGUUACUUGAAGAAGCUCACGAUUUACAUCUGUCCUCACUCCAGUUAGCUAAAAAAGCUUUUGGGGAGUUUAAUGUACAAACAGCAAAACACUAUGGUAACCUUGGAAGACUGUAUCAGUCCAUGAGAAAGUUUAAGGAAGCAGAAGAAAUGCACAUCAAGGCCAUUCAGAUUAAGGAGCAGCUUCUAGGUCAAGAAGAUUAUGAAGUUGCCCUGUCAGUGGGCCAUCUAGCUUCCCUCUAUAACUAUGAUAUGAAUCAAUAUGAAAAUGCUGAGAAGCUUUAUUUGAGAUCCAUAGCAAUUGGAAAGAAGCUUUUUGGUGAAGGAUACAGUGGACUUGAAUAUGAUUACAGAGGUCUCAUUAAACUGUACAAUUCUGUUGGCAAUUAUGAGAAGGUUUUUGAAUACCACAAUAUUUUGGCCAAUUGGAACCGGUUGCGGGAUCGGCAGUACUCCGUUACAGAUGCUCUGGAGGACGUAAGCACCAGCUCUCAAUCCACUGAGGAAGUGGUCCAGUCUUUUCUGAUGUCUCAGAACCUUGAUGGACAGAGUAGCUAAGAACUUGGUCAAUUAACCAGUUAAGGUUUUUUCCUCCAGGUUACAGGGGGAAAAGUCAUACUGUGAAAUCUAAACCAUGUAGUUCUCUGGGGGCUGGAAUUUGCAUUGAAACACUGGUCCAGUCUACUGAAGAGUGCCCAUACGGAUGAAUGUGUGUUAAAUCCUCCUCAGCAUGUGUCUGGCAUGUUUAGUUCGGCUCACAUUUUUAACUUGGUAUUCCCAAAAACCCCUU